AUGGCUCCUAUUGCAACGACCAGUCAAAUUUUCCAGCCAUACGUUAAGGAGCUAAAGAAGAGGCUUCAGCCAAUCGAAAGGGCAAUGGGCCAGCUUUCGCCAAAGCUCAUUAUCAGUCGUGAUGUGAUCAAUUCGGUUCUCGCAGACCUCCUAGUCAGCCUCCAAUAUUCAGUGCACACUCCAGAAUACGAUCCCGGGCAAGUUUCCUACUUGGUUAACCCAAUUCUGGAGGAAAUCAGAAGAAACCUCCGGCCUAAUCACGAACGUCGACUACGUUGGUUAGCCGCUUUUAGAAGAUCCCUACAACCGAUGCAUAGAGUAAACGAAUGGACUCGAGGAGACCCACCCACUGGAUACCUUGCGAUCAUACGGGAAGACGAUCCUGUAUUCUAUGAGUUUCUUGACUGUUUACGACAUAAACAUAUGUGCUUAGAGUAUCUCGAGUUUGAGUUUCCGAAACUUUUGACGGCUGCGGAUAGCCUUGUCAAACUAAUGACCGGCGAAACUUCGAUUUAUAGAAUACCUGCGUUCCCGCGUCUAAAGUUGAUGGGCCAUUCAGGGAGAAUCUUGAUAGCAGACUUUGGCACACCACAAUCCAGCACGCUCGGCAGUUCAAGUCAAUCCGGUCAACCCACAAGCCAGUCAAGCCAGUCAGAUAAUCAGUAUAUCCCAUCGGAUAGCCAAUCAAGUCAAUCGAGCUUUGAAUCAAUAGUCUCUACAUAUCCACCGCUUGAAAUCGAUAGGAAUUCUACAAACUCUGGCUCACCGUCCCGAAACCUUAACUCAACUCCAUCCUUCCCCAUGACACCAAUAUCCCCGGGUUACCGGUACAAAUGA